AUGCGCCGACGCGGGAAAAAAUAGACGCGUAAUAUCUUGCUUUUGCCUGUUGAAACUUGUCAGUUACGUUGUUAUUGUUACUAUUAUUUUUAUGUCAGUGUCAUUUCUAUAUAUGUAUAUACUUUUCAUUGACUAAGUCAGACAUCUGAACCUCUCUAAAUCGAGCAGUACACGUGUUUGAAUCAUUUUAUUUCUCGUUUAAUAAACAAAAAUCAAAUUUCAAAAACCUUAACAAGGCUCGUCUUUAAAUGAUACAAGAUGGUCCAAUAAUUUAAAAACUUUUUAAAUCAUUAGUAAUAUAUUUUAAUCGUGAAUGUAUAUAGUCCACUUGGUCUUUUUACUAUCAAUAAUUCACUUAGAAACCAACAUCGAAUUUAAAAAUAAUCAAAUGGCAGCAGAAUUCCCCGCUUUAUCUUACCAACAAGUCCGUGAAAAAAUAAUGCAAGGAGAGAUGGACGUUAACACAAAAUAUCCAGGAGCUUCAACCGAUCCAUCAGUUUUACAAUUAGCCGUCAAAGAACAAGACUCCGAAUUUAUUGACCAUCUUCUUCGGAAUAACGUCGACGUCAACGUUGCCACAGAGUCCUGUGAGCCAGCGUUAAAUCUCGCAAUCCGCGCAAACAAUCCCGAGUUGGUUAAAAAAUUAAUCAGUUCAGUCACUGAUUCAAAUUCCGCAUCGUAUAAUUACAAAGACUAUGAUAAUUGGCCGCGAUUUUACAUACUUGGUAAAAAAUACCAUGAAAUCCAAAACAGUUACCGUCCGGCUUUAGGUCAACCAGCUGUCAAAGAGUCAACACCCUCAGGGACUGUCCUUGACUUGGCAAUAACUGUCGGAAGUAUUGAAAUAAUUGACAUAUUAUUGAACGCAGGAGCUAAAAUGAAUCCAUCUACCAAAGGUAUUAAGCCUCUGCACUGGGCAAUUGCUCAAAAUAAAUAUGAGGUUGUUGAACAUCUGAUAAAACAUGGAGCAGACAUCAACGAUAUUUCUGAUAGCAGAACACCCUUACAAAUUGCCGUUGAAAAAGAAAAUAAAAAAAUAGUAGAAUUACUUAUUGAGAAGAAAGCUGACAUUAAUAGAGUCGGGCCAAAUAGUAAACCAGCUAUUAAUAUCGCUAUAGAGAAUAAUUAUUCAGAAUUGGUACACAUAUUGCUAGAUGCUGGCGCUGCAGUGAAUCCUGACAUAAAAGUAUGCCCACCGUUAUUUGAAGCUAUUUGUGCAAAUAAUUACGAACUCGCUGAGCAUUUGAUUAAUCUUGGAGCUGAUAUUAAUAUUAUUUGGUGUGGAAAAACACCAAUACAUCUAGCUGUCGUACGAGACGAUAGAAAAAUGUUCGAGAUUUUGAUUAAAAAUAAAGCUGACAUGAAUAUAAGUACAAGUAUGGGAACUCCUCUACAUACAGCUGUCUUUAGCGGUAAUUUAGAAUGGAUUAAAAUUUUAUUGAAAGCUGGUGCUGAUCUUUAUCCGCCUAAUUUAAGUACAUUGUUAAAAUUUUCACUCACUCAUCGUAAAGAAUUUAUCUUUGAUUACCUGCUGGACAUUGGUAUCAAUUUUAUUGAUGACAGUUACCUGACGCUAAUCAAUGCUGGUUUUGGUAAGCAUGAUAAUGCUCUCAAGAUGAAGAUAAAAAAUUAUAUUGUCAAGUUGAAGGCUGGUGAUUUUCAUGUCGAGCCGAAAAAUUUGCAAUUUGUCGAAGAUGAAGAAUUCAAUGAUUUUUAUAAUGAAUGUCGCAAAGAAAUUGAUCUGAUGAAAAAUAGUAAAAUUGACGGAACCAGUUGUAGUUACUAUGAUGUACUGCACAAAAGUAAACAAGAAUUGGCUGCUGAUUUGAAAAAUAUUGGUGAGAAUGUUGGUGUUUUGAAUGAAGAACAAUUACGAUCAAAGUUUCCGUUGUAUGGAGGAAUGGUUUGCUAUCGACUGGAAUAUGAGCAGGGAAAAAAUUUGGGUGUAACUGCUGAUGAUCAGUAAAAUUUAUGGUUCAAAUUUAUUUUUUUACCAGAAAAUCCUCAAUAUUUUUGUAAUUGAAUAAGAUUAUUUUUUAUGCCGAUCAAGAUUUCUACCUCAGUAAACAAAUAAUUUAUUAUUAUACAGAACUUAAAAAUUCAUACUACUAUUAAUAAGCAAUUAGUCAUAAGAUCAAUUACGCGAGUAGUUAUGUAGAUAAUGAUUGUUAUGAUUUAUAAAUAAACGUCUUAUGAUAAUAGACAAUUUGAAUGAAAUGACAUUUUUAAUUCGACUCUAAAGAUUUAAAUAAAAUAUUGAUAGCGUUAAUUUUUUAAAGUAGAAGGAAGCGCUGUGCAGUAAAUAAAGUAAUUCGCGUUAAUAAAUAAUUGAAUAAAUAAAUAAAAAUGAUGAAGUCAUUGCUGUCAUUCAUACCGUCUCAUUCAGACAAAAAGGCCGCGUGUAAAAAAUCCAAUGAAAAAGUUAACGAAAAUCUUUUAUUUGUUUUGGUUUCGCUGGUCGGCUUGUGCCUUUUACGCGUUGAUUUUAUUGUUAUACUAAUCAUUGUAAUUCUCAUGUACAUGCUGUAUAUAAACAGCGUCAGUUUAGCGACCUCAUUGCUAAUGAAUUCGUCAUUUUCAUGUUUACUUGAUGCCGAUGAUGAUAACGAUGAUGACGACGAUUUAGAUACUGAUACUGAAGAUGACAAAAGUUCUACAAAUGAAACUGAAGGAGUUGCUAAAAAGAAAAAGAAGUUAACAAAACUCGAUGACUAAUUUCUGUUAAAAUUUUCACUUUAUAUUAGAUGAGAAAAACUGAACUAAUUUAUUUUGAAUCAUUAAUUUCUUUAAAAGUUAAUGCUUAUAUUAGUUAAGAAGAAAAAAAAUCAAUUUAAACUCGAAUCAAUCAAAUUUUCUUGCUUUAAAAAAAUAAAA